AUGUCCGAUAGCUCUCGCCCUUCUUUUCUGGGUCUCGACCUCCAAGUCCGCAGGCUUCAGGGGUCCAAGUCCUUGUAUAGUUUCCCUUUCCAAUUGCUCUUCUACUUUCUCAUCACGCUUUCCCGCCUUUCCCCUCCCCAAUCUUCUAACAACCCUGCUAGACCGGGAGCGUCCCAAACGGUCACUCAUAAGACCGGGAUUCCGAUUGCCGCUUUAGAUAUUUCUCCUCAACGGACACAUGCAGUUGUCGGCGGGAAAGAGAUCUUGAAGACCAUCCGUGUCUCACCCGACCAUUCUUCCGAAGAAUUCAACCUUCGCAAUGCUAUCAUCGGUUACUCCUCCACUCAGAAUGAUGGCAGUGGACUCUCCGCACGCUAUAAAGACCAGCUGACAGUGCGGGAUGUGAAAUGGUCACAUGGCAAUUAUGACACCAUCAUCGCCACUGCAGUGGCCAACGGCCGCAUUGUUCUCUAUGAUCUACAGCGCACUGGCCUGGAAUACUGCCGUUUUCAGGGGCACAGCCGCCAGGUUCACAAAUUAGCUUUUAAUCCACAUUGGCCAGCUUGGCUUUUGUCUGGCAGUCAGGAUUCCUCUAUUCGAAUGUGGGACUUGCGCAUGGCAUCCGCAGUCAGGCCAUGUUCGAGUAAGGAGUUGUAUAAUGGGAACAGUGAUGCAGUUCGGGAUAUCAGGUGGUCUCCGAGCGAUGGGAUUACAUUUGCAACCGCCACAGACAGUGGCGCAAUACAGUUGUGGGAUUACCGAAAAACUACCGCCCCCUUACUAAGGAUCACCGCUCAUGACAAGCCAUGCUUCUCAGUAGAUUGGCAUCCUGAUGGCAAACACAUCGUCAGUGGUGGUACAGACAGGCAUGUUAAAGUUUGGGAUUUUUCUUCCUCAGCUGAACGUAGGCAGAAACCAGCGUUCCAAUUCCGGACACCCCAGGCCGUUGGGAACGUACGAUGGCGUCCGCCGUCCUGGAAUAACGAAUAUGACACUUCCGGUGGUUGGCAGUCAAUUCAAUUGGUAACAUCCUAUGACAAAGAAGACCCACGGAUACAUCUCUGGGAUCUCCGGCGCCCUCAUAUACCAUUCCGAGAGUUUGAUCGGUACGAGUCUCACGCUGCCGACUUACUCUGGCAUUCGAAAGAUCUAUUGUGGACCGCUGGUGAGGCCGGUGUUUUCACUCAGACUGAUAUUAGAUAUGCCCCCCAGGUGGUAAACCAACGGUCGAUGUGCUCCUUGGCCUGGAGCCCGAGUGGUGAAGUACUAGCUUUUGUCCAGAAACGCCCCAGACAUAGUACUGUAAACCUCAGCACCACGGAGUUUGUGGGUCAUCCUGAGGAAGAGAGCAGUAGCGGAGAAGCUCUGAGUCAGAGCCCGGCAGACGACCUUCUCGAUGAACCCUCUUUCAUCUCGGUUAGGCACCGGCGUACUAAAUCAAGCAGUAGUCGGGCGGCUAAGUCACUGGGCAGCACUCCUCCGGGUGCUCCCGAACUCAAUCCCGUUUUGUCGCUGGAGAAGGUGCUAUCAAAGAUCAAGCCUUCCGGACAAUGCCAGCUAGGGGCAGUUGGGAGUAUACCUGGAGCCACAAUGGAUCAAGAAACCUUUCGAUUCCUGGCACGCCAUUAUUCUCCGUUACUUGGAACCUUUAACGGCAUGCCCUCAGAUCUUCUUCGGUCACUGCUAGAAUCAUUAAGCCAGAACGCAGAUUGUGCAGCAGAUGCUUCAUUAGUCAAGCUAUCUCAAACAUGGCGUAUAGUAAAGUUCGCUGUCGUUCAAGAACUGCAACUUAGAGCGAGGGAGCAGCGGCGGGCUCCGGGCAAGGGUACCCGGGGCAUCCAAAAAAGAUUGUCUGCGGAAGGGCAUAAUUCUGAAAAGCCGAGAACAAUGGAUGAGGGAAAACCCGAAAAGAUGAAGAAUCGGUUGUUCAAAGGUGUUAUGGAGACGGAAGUGGCCAGGCAAUCUCCCGCUGAUGUAGAAAACGCUUCGAACAUGACAACCCCACUCGCGCAGCCUUUGCCUGACUCCACCGUUUUAUCGUCAGAUAGCUCUAAUUCGCAUACGGCGUCUUUAGAUGACCCUACAGAUAUCCAACCUCUUCCACCAUCGCUUCUGAGCCCAAACCAAGGGACCAUGAACUCGAAUGAUUGGUCUUCGAUGUCCGAUGUUGAACCACGUAUGCACCGCCAGUCAAAUGCAAGCGAAGAUAUACAUUUUCCCGGCGAAAGCCUUCCAUCUGACCCAAUACCUGGACUGGUGUCCCAAAGCCUUGAAGGUGACCAGAGAUCUGCACCACGAGCAAUUAGCGGAAGAGGCGACUGGCGCGCUCGGAGUCGGACGGAGACAUCAGAAGUAGAUGAAUACGACCAAAAGAUGGAGGAUAAAAAAGCAGCCAUUCGCGAUUAUAAACAGUAUCCCAAAAAGAUCCUGUCUCUCGAAUCUCACGUGGAGAGUGUGCGGCCUCCGGGUUUCCGCCGCCGCGAGUCAUCCGAAAGUCUUCCUAUGUUCUCGGCAUCUACAGGGAGCUCACACCCUUCCAAAUCAAUAGGCACGUCAUUAUCGUCGGCGGCAAGAUUGUAUAACGUUUCCGAAAGUGUGGAUACCACAGAAGGCCCGGAGAGUGAAGCCCCUCGUAUACCAUAUUCCAGGGCCAGAAGUGACUCAGUUAUUGGACCUGUUACCGCUCAAAACGAAGAGCUUCAGAAUAGUGGACCUUUUGUUGAGGGUGUUCCAGAUACUAAUGUUCAUCUCGAGCGACCCUCUAGCCCACUUCCCCUUCUGAAGGAAUCCAGUCCUCUGGAGACUCCAUGCUUUGAGAAAAAUGACUGUCGAGGUGGUGUUUACACUCCUGCAGCAGAUGAUCCUGCGGGUAAGGGUACACAUAUGAUUGAUGAGGAUCUCACGGGGCUCACUAUCCCUAUAAGCUCUGACGGAACGGUGGACAAACCAUGGAGCGCUGAAGUUUUGCUCAAAGAAGCCAUUAGGCAUUAUCAUAGCAGUUCUUGUGUUGACGUUCAAUCUGCUGCUCAUCUUCUCCAGAAAUUGCGAACUCUUUUCCAAAGUUAUGAGGAUAUACUUCCUCGCGAGGAGUGUGAACUCAUCUUCAAAACCUACAACGAACACCUUAUACGUCAGUGCAUGUACACUGAGGCGGCUGAGCUUCGACUUCUCUGCGUACCAGCGUAUCCAGCAGUCUAUGAGUAUGCUCAAAUAGACACUACGAUGAACGUGUUUUGUUUCACGUGUAAACGUCCAUACGAAAACCCUUCGAAUGACAAUACGCGCUGUCAUCGCUGCGACACGUCCCAGGCGCCAUGUGCCAUUUGCAUGAGCGUUGACCCCCCAGCGGAGUGGGUAGCGGAGCAAUCUGUCUCGUGUGCACAGUCGAAUCUUGAAUUGGACUCUGAGACGACAUCGCAUUUUCUAUCGUCAUCUCGCUCCUCCAUCAAGACAGAACCGAUCCCAACCUCCGAGCUACGACGCCUGGAUGAAACGUAUUUGGAUUCGUACAAUCCUUCAGGACCUAAAGGAUCCGCGCUUUGGACCUGGUGUCAAGGUUGUGGCCAUGGAGGACAUUUAGCUUGCAUUAGUAUGUGGUUGAACGACACUUCUGUCAGCGAGGGUGGUUGCGCUACCCCUGGUUGCAUGCAUGACUGCGGCCCGGGACCCCGCCGUGAGCAUAACCGCACCAUUUUACUUGAGGAAUCUAAAAGACGAGACUCGGCUGGUAGAAAGGCUGGGGUAGGAUUUGUAAAACGCGAUCCAUGGACCAGAGGGGAAAGUAAAGCUGUUGAAAAGGUUCGAGCGCCGGGCCCAGCGUAUCCUCUAACUUGA